GGUGAAUUCUUCUUUCACCCUCGUACCUGCCUUCCACCCAUGCCAUUGCCUAUAUAAACCCAGUCCUCCUUCCCCUAGCCCCGUCAAGCUUCAUCUCCCUGAAGUUUUUCCCAGAUAUAUAUGGAGAUGGCCAUCUUUUUGGGGCAAUUAAAGAACUAUGCUCAUGCCUUCAUAACCAAUAGAAUUCAUAGUUUCGCACGUGCGAGCAGAUGCAUCCGGGAGCUCGUCAUGUUCUUGUAUCGCUUCUUCUCCUUUCGUGUAAGCCCAUUCUGGAUCCAGCUAUGUUAUUUUGUUUCUCUUGCCUUGUUGGGUUCUCUAGCUAUGAUGGUGCUUAAGCCGGAUAACCCCGCCUUCGGUCCUAGGUACGUUGAUAUGCUGUUCAUGUCCGUAUCCGCACUCACGGUUUCAGGUCUGGGGACUGUUGAAAUGGAGAACUUCUCGAGUUCUCAAAUUGUUGUCCUCGCUCUUUUGAUGUUCUUGGGUGGGGAUGUUUUAGUUUGCUUGCUAGGCCUUCUAUUUAGAAGAUCUCGGCAUGAUAACAGACCAGAGAUUACCAGCAGUAGAAGAGUUGAUUCCAUUGGUAUCGAACUUGACUCUAUGAAACCCUCAAACACCUUAGAUAACAUCGAAUUGGGCCGAGAUGUUUCAGGGACUCCCAUAGAUGAUGGUAAGGAUUUGAUGUCAAGUUGCAUACGAUAUUUAGGAUCCGCGGUGUUGUGUUUUGUUAUUGUAUUUCAUGUAGUGGGUUGUUUAGCGAUCUUUUUGUACAUAAUUCUUGUUUCAAGCGCCAGAGAUGUGUUGAAGAGGAAGGGUAUCAACAACUUCCUGUUCUCCAUAUUCACCACUAUUUCUUCAUUUGCGAAUGGAGGCUUGAUAUCGACGAAUGAGAACAUGUUAAUCUUCAAUAACAACCCGGGUCUCUACCUGAUAAUUAUUCCUCAAAUUCUUGGGGGCAAUUUGCUGUUCCCUCUGUGCCUUAGACUGGUGAUAUGGGCUCUGAGGAGGUUGACCAAAGCUGUGGAGUUCGAGUACAUGUUGAAGAAUCCAUCGGAAAUACAGUUCGGUCAUCUGCGCCCAGACUUGCAGACUCUCUUCUUGUCCCUCACUUGCAUUGGAUUUAUAGCAGCUAUGGUUGCAUUGUUUUGCUCCAUGGACUGGACUUCAGCAGUGUUUCAAGGGCUCAAUUCCUAUGAGAAGCUUGUCAGUGCGUUAUUCAUGGCAGUGAACUCUCGGCAUUCCGGGGAGAACUCCAUCGACAUCUCCCUUGCCUCUCCAUCAGUUAUUGUGCUGUUCAUUCUUAUGAUGUACCUUCCACCUUCCGUAUCCUUUGUACCCAUUCAUGAGAAUGAAUCGAGCUCUGAAGGAGAUAGAAGGGAAAACGAGAAAAGUUGGUCGCCGGUGGACAACUUAUUGUUGUCGCAGCUCUCCAGUAUUGUCAUCUUCAUCAUCAUGAUCUGCAUCACGGAGAGAAAAAAACUGACAGAAGAUCCACUCAACUUCUCCACCUUGAAUGUAAUCUUUGAAGUGACAAGUGGAUAUGGAAAUGUCGGACUGUCGAUGGGCUACAGCUGUUCGCGCUUUCUACGACUGCAUCCUGAUGCACAUUGUCUGGACAGAGCAUAUAGUUUUUCAGGGGCAUGGAGCGAUGAAGGGAAGUUGAUAUUGGCCAUUAUCAUGCUUUAUGGAAGGCUCAAGAAUUUCACCAUUGAAAAUGGUAAAGCUUGGCAGUUACUAUAAGUUGUGAUAUCUAUAUGCUCUUCCUAAGAUUGAGAAAACCUGGAAGGCUCAAGAAUUUCACCAUGGAGAAUGGUAAAGCUUGGAAGUUACUAUAAGUUGUGAUAUCUAUAUGCUCUUCCUAGGAUUUAAAAAACCUGAAAGAGUUGCUUCGAGAGAGAGAAAAAAAGAAGAAGACAGAACCUAAUAGAGAAUGCCUGAGCUGUUGCUUCUGUUGGUGGAAGCCAUUUCUCAGGCGAACUCUGGCAAAGGGAAGCUCAGCUUGUAGACCAAUCCUAUGCGCAGAAUGCAUUCACAAGAAGCCAUGAACGGUCAUUUAACGAUGCUUGACAACAGCAAUGUACCGUAUAUUUCUUUUAGCAAAGCGGUAGCUAUGUAUUCCAAGUAACAGAGAACAGCUGAGCAAGAAGGGCAGAGAUGGGCAAGGAGGUUUCUCUCUCCAACUAAGCUCUUAGCUGACAUCGUCGGUAAUUUCAUCAGUGUAUCUCAUGGGAUCCUUCAAAACAACCAUAUUUACGCUGUAGUUUUUGUCAAUGUGAAUCAAUUGCAAGAUUCACUAGAGAGAAAUGAUACCCAUUACUUCCUAAUA